AAGACUUGUCACUGGGUUGUCUCUCUCUUUCUGGGUACGCUCAAAUUUUCUCGGGAUAAUGGAGAGGGUUUCCGAUUCUCGAAUACUUGGCGGAAAUUAGGUUUUGACGAACUAGUUUCGAUUUCUCCGGCUCGGUUGAUUCAUCGCUUCACGGUUUUUGAUUCCGAGGUUCUUUGCAGUUGAUGCGACUACAAGAUACUCUUUAGCUACCGUAAUUCGAAUGAAAGCCUGACCAUAGGUGGUUGUGGAUUGUCUUAACUUCAAUAUGAACACUUGGGAAAUAGCGUUUGGCAAGAUGUGAUUUACAAAGCCCUUCAGUUCAGAGUUCCUGAAUCCGUGCAGGAACUUGGUCCUUUAAACCACACGGAAGAAGAUAAGGGUUGAGUUCUGGGAUUUCAGCCUUUAUUCCUGUUGAUCUCCUAGAAUUUCUUCUUUCCGAGGAAUCCAGACCUUCAGGAUUUAGGUUAGAAGUGUACAGUUGGAAUGUUAGUUGCUAGUGUAGCUCUUAGUCCAGCCCUGGAAGAAGUUGUGAACUUUCCAGGUGUUUUUGGACGGUUUGGUUUGAACUUAGACGACCCAAUCCUGAUAUUCCUGGCUAUUGCGGGAUCUCUGAACCCGAUGCGGGUCAUGGAGUCAGAUUCAAUAGCAUCCGUGAAGCUAAGGAUUCAGAGUAUCAAGGGAUUUUUUGUGAAGAAGCAGAAGCUGGUGUAUGAUGGUAGAGAGCUAGCUCGAAAUGAUUCCCAUAUUCGAGAUUGUGGUCUUACUGAUGAUAAACUGUUGCAUCUGGUUAUUAGGCUUUCUGAUCUCCAAGCCAUUUCUGUAAAGACUUUUGGCGGGAAGGAGUUUGAGCUCUUUGUUGAGAAGAGUAGAAAUGUUGGUUACGUGAAGCAGAAAAUAGCUUCUAAGGAAAUCGUGUUCGGGAAACCCUGUGAUCAUGAACUCACGUUAGAUGGUGAAGAGUUAGAUGACCAGAGACUCAUCACUGAUCUCUGUAAAAAAGGAGAGAAUGUGAUUCACUUGUUAAUUAGGAAAUCCGCUAAAGUCAGAGCAAAACCAGUGGGGAAGGAUUUUGAGGUUUCUAUCGAAGAUGUAACUCACAAGCACAACUCAGUUGAUGGUAGAAGAAGAUACAUAUCACCACAAGCAAAGCCUCAAGAUUUCUUAGUGGAGCCUGUUGUUGUUAAUCGUGAAACUGAACUGCCUUCAUUGCUCAAAGAGCUUAUCAGUGACACUAUAGAGGGCUUGGAGAAGGGAAAUGGCCCAAUAAAAUCAUCUGAUGGAUCAGGGGGAGCGUACUUCAUGCAAGAUUCAUCUGGACACAAAUAUGUCUCUGUCUUCAAGCCCAUUGACGAGGAGCCAAUGGCUGUGAACAAUCCGCACGGACUGCCUGUUUCAGUUGACGGGGAGGGACUAAAGAAAGGCACACGGGUUGGUGAAGGAGCUUUUAGAGAAGUAGCAGCGUACAUUUUGGACUAUCCCAUGACUGGACCACAAACGUUUCCUCAUGACCAAACCGGUUUCGCUGGAGUUCCACCAACAACAAUGGUCACAUGCUUGCACAAAGAUUUCAACCAUCCCGAUGGUUACAGUUUCUCUCCCGAGAACACAAAGAUUGGUUCAUUGCAGAUGUUUGUGAGCAAUGUUGGUACUUGUGAAGAUAUGGGAUACCGAGUAUUCCCAGUUGAUCAGGUUCACAAGAUAUCUGUUCUGGACAUUAGGCUGGCUAAUGCAGAUCGUCACGGUGGCAACAUUCUGGUUAGCCGAGACGGAGAAGAUGGUCAAAUCGUGCUCACUCCAAUUGACCACGGCUAUUGCUUUCCAAAUAAGUUUGAAGACUGCACAUUCGAGUGGCUAUAUUGGCCUCAAGCAAAAGAGCCAUACUCUUCAGAGACAUUGGAAUACAUCAAUUCCCUGGACCCGGAGCAAGACAUGAAACUUCUGAGAUUCCACGGUUGGGAGAUUCCGCCUUCAUGCGCCCGUGUCUUCCGGAUCUCGACAAUGCUUCUCAAGAAAGGUGCUGCUAAGGGUCUCACACCUUUUGCCAUCGGAAGCAUAAUGUGCAGAGAAACACUCAAGAAAGAAUCUGUGAUCGAAGAAAUCAUCCAUGAUGCAGAGGCCAUUGUGUCCCCAGAGACAACGGAAGAGGAGUUUAUCAGCACCGUCUCUGCCAUUAUGGAUCGCUGCCUCGACCAGUAUUCUCGGAACCAGAGGCCGACCCAUGCCAAGUGACACCUUUUACAUUUUUUAUAUUCAUGUUAACCUCUUGUAAUAUAACAUAACGUAAGUAUGCUUCCUUGCAUUGCAAUGCACCUCUAUGUUGAACUUUAAAUACAGACAUAA